CAGAUGUGUGACAUCAUGCUGGAGAUCGAGCGGGAGAGAGACACGUGUCUGGCUCAAAUUGAAAACAAAACAACAGGUUGUACUGGGAUGUGGGACAGGAUUGCGUGCUGGCCCAGUGCCAGUUUUGGAGAGGUGGUCACCAUCCCUUGUCCCAAAUAUUUCUUCUACUUCACCAGAGACGUCCAUACGGGUAACCUGUCAAAGACCUGCACCGAGGACGGCUGGUCUGAGGUCAGCUCCGUUUCCUACGCGCUGGGCUGUGGAUUCAAUCCCAACAACACCAUGGACGAAGAGACGGGGGAGUUCUUUGGCGCGGUCAAAGUGGGCUACACCAUUGGCCACAGUGUGUCGCUCAUUUCUCUCACCGUCGCCAUCAUCAUCCUCUGUCUCUUCAGGAAGCUGCACUGCACAAGAAACUACAUCCACAUGAAUCUCUUUGUGUCGUUCAUCCUGAAAGCCAUAGCCGUGUUCAUCAAGGAUGUGGUUUUGUAUGAAGUCGGCGAGACGGAAAACUGCCACUCCUCGGUGGGCUGCAAGACUGUGGUGGUCUUCUUCCAGUACGGGGUCAUGGCCAGUUUCUUCUGGCUGCUGGUGGAGGGCCUCUAUCUCCACGCUCUGCUCGCCGUCUCCUUCUUCUCGGAGAGGAAGUACUUCUGGUGGUACAUCAUGAUCGGCUGGGGAGCGCCGAGCCUCUUUAUCACAGCGUGGGUAAUUACAAAGGCUUACGUAAAUGAUCCUGGAUGCUGGGACAUGAUUGACGACAACCGGUGGUGGAUCAUCAAAACGCCAAUUUUAGUCACCAUACUUGUAAACUUCUUCCUCUUCAUCUGUAUAAUUCGGAUUUUGCGACAGAAGAUGAAUUGCCCGGACAUCGGGAGAAAGGAGUCCAAUCAGUACUCGAGACUGGCUAAAUCCACACUGCUGCUGAUACCUCUCUUUGGGAUAAACUAUAUCAUUUUUGCCUUUAUCCCCGACCACAUCCACCCACAUGUGCGAUUGGUGUUUGAUCUUAUUCUGGGUUCGUUUCAGGGUUUUGUUGUGGCCGUUUUGUACUGCUUUUUAAAUGGAGAGGUGCAGGCGGAGAUUAAGCGUAAAUGGCGCAGGUGGAUGUUGCAGAGGUUCCUGGGCGCUGACACUAAGUACCAGCAGCCCUCCAUCGGCAGCAACGGCAACAAUUUCAGCACACAGAUCACCAUGUUGACUAAAUGUAGCCCCAACACGAGCCGGGCAUCUGCUGGUCAAGAGCACUUCUCUGCCAUCUGAGUCUUCCUGCAGGAGACAGCCGGGCUGUUUUCCAACAGGGUGGCGAUGGCUAGAUCCUGUUAUGUCUUGGUAAAGGUUAACUCACAUCCCCGCUGAAUCACAGUAACAUUUCUCGCUUCAUUCUGAGUAG